AGCCAUUGUUAGCAGAGAUUAAACUAAUUCGUCUUAAAGUUCGCAGGAUUGAAUAUUCUUAUGCGCGAAUUAGGUGAUUAAAGAUGUUCCUGCAAAUAUCUAUGCUCCUGUUAGUCAUUUGGCCGUCUAUAGCGUCCAAUGAGAACUGCGAGGAAAUAGAAGAACUUAAACCAUUCGACGAAACGUACAAUUGUACUUCAAAUGGAUUUUUCCCAGAUGAAACUGACCACAACUGCACCAAGUAUAUUGUAUGUGCUAGGAGUUCGUCUCGCCCCUUCAUCACCCUAUAUCUAACAUGCCCGGAAGGCACUAAAUUCGACCCAGCUGUUAAUGAUUGCACUUCACAAUACACUUGCCCUUAUCGGCCAAUAACAAAUACGUCAGUAUGCAUUUACAAUGCAGAUCCAAAUUAUUUCACAUGUGAUACUAGUGGUACUUUUGUUAAUCUUAAUGAUCCAACGUGUCAAAGCUACUACCAUUGCUUGUUCCUUUAUAGUUCUAAUUUAUUUUUGCAAUCAAGAUAUGUUUGCAGUCAAAAUCAUUAUUAUAAUCCUGAUAUAAAAAGAUGUGAUAAGAACUAUAUUUGUCCAUGUUAUGUUAAUACUGGUACCAUCCCUAGUACAAAUAUCAAUAGUACUACUGUUGAAUCAAAUUCCAAUCAAAGAAUAUCGACAAUUAUUCCCAUAACCACAGAAGAUUAUAUUUCAACUUCCAACUUUUUCACCACUACUGCAUUUUCUACUAAAGAGAGCACAGGAUUAGAAUUAAGUACAAAAUAUAUAACAAGUAUAACAAAAGAACCUUCAUCCUCUACUGCAGAUCACCAUACUUCUGUUUCAACUACAAAAUAUAUAACGAGUAUUAGCACAACAGAAGGAACUACAAAUUCAUCUUUUAUGAAAGACACGACUCCCAAUGUAUAUAUUACUUCAACUGUAAAAGACGUAACAGAUAUUAGUAUAUUGACUACUGCCGAAAAUUGUAUUUACAACGAUGAUCCUGAAUAUUUUACCUGUAGCGUCAGCGGUCGUUUUAGAAAUAACCAUGAUAGAAAAUGUAAAUCUUAUUACUUAUGCUCAGUACUUAAAAGCGGAAGAAUAAUCCAAACUAAAUAUAGUUGUCCGGAAAAAUCUUACUUCAAUCCUUCAAAACAUAUUUGUGAUGUAAAUUACAAGUGCCCCUGUUUAACAGUAACUAGCACUACUGCAAGUAGUACUACCACGAAAACAUCUGAUGAAGGAAACCAAACUGAAAUAUCUACAACAACAGAAAUAACCUCUAGAACAGCAACUACUGAAAAAACAACUGAUGAAGAAAAUAUUUCUUCAACCAUUGAUCAACAAAGUACUACAUCAAUUAAUUCUUCAUCUGCUACUGAAGAAACUACUACCGAUAAAUAUCCCAUUUCAAAUUCAACAAGUAGUACUGCAAUAUCAACAGAAAAAUCUACAUCAACUACAGCUGAAAAUUGUAUUUACAACGAUAAUCCUGAAUAUUUUACCUGUAGCGUCAGUGGUCGUUUUAGAAAUAACCAUGAUAGAAAAUGUCAAUCUUAUUACUUAUGCUCAAUACUUAAAAGCGGAAGAAUAAUUCAAACUAAAUAUAGUUGUCCAGAAAAAUCUUACUUUAAUCCUUCAAAACAUAUUUGUGAUGUAAAUUACAAAUGCCCCUGUUCAACAGUAACUAGUACCACUACGAAAACAUCUGAUGAAGGAAACCAAACUGAAAAAUCUACAACAGAAAAAUCUACAACAGAAAUUACCUCUAGGACAGCUACUACUGAAAAAACUUCUGAUGAAGAAAAUACUUCUUCAACCAUUAAUCAACAAAGUACUACAUCAAUUAAUUUUUCAUCUGCUACUGAAGAAACUACUACCGAUAAAUAUCCCAUUUCAGAUUCAACAAGCAGUACUGCAACAUCAACAGAAAAAACUACAUCAACUACAGCUGAAAAUUGUAUUUACAACGAUGAUCCUGAAUAUUUUACCUGUAGCGUCAGCGGUCGUUUUAGAAAUAACCAUGAUAGAAAAUGUAAAUCUUAUUACUUAUGCUCAGUAUUUAAAAGCGGAAGAAUAAUCCAAACUAAAUAUAAUUGUCCCGAAAACUCUUAUUUCAAUCCUUUAAAACAUAUUUGUGAUGUAAAUUACAAGUGCCCCUGUUCAACAGUAACUAGCACUACUACAAGUAGUACUACCACGAAAACAUCUGAUAAAGGAAACCAAACUGAAAUAUCUACAUCAACAGAAAUAACCUCUAGAACAGCUACUACUGAAAAAACAACUGAUGAAGAAAAUACUUCUUCAACCAUUGAUCAACACCCUACUACAUCAAUUAAUUCUUCAUCUGCUACUGAAGAAACUACUACCGAUAAAUAUCCCAUUUCAAAUUCAACAAGUAGUACUGCAAUAUCAACAGAAAAAUCUACAUCAACUACAGCUGAAAAUUGUAUUUACAACGAUAAUCCUGAAUAUUUUACCUGUAGUGUCAGUGGUCGUUUUAGAAAUAACCAUGAUAGAAAAUGUCAAUCUUAUUACUUAUGCUCAAUACUUAAAAGCGGAAGAAUAAUCCAAACUAAAUAUGAUUGUCCCGAAAACUCUUAUUUCAAUCCUUUAAAACAUAUUUGUGAUGUAAAUUACAAAUGCCCCUGUUCAACAGUAACUAUCACUACUACAAGUAGUACUACCAUGAAAACAUCUGAUGAAGGAAACCAAACUAAAAUAUCUACAACAACAGAAAUAACCUCUAGAACAGCAACUACUGAAGAAAAUACUUCUUCAACCAUUGAUCAACAAAGUACUACAUCAUUUAAUUCUUCAUCUGCUACUAAAGAAACUACUACCGAUAAAUAUCCCAUUUCAAAUUCAACAAGUAGUACUGCAAUAUCAACAGAAAAAUCUACAUUAACUACAGCUGAAAAUUGUAUUUACAACGAUAAUCCUAAAUAUUUUACCUGUAGCGUCAGUGGUCGUUUUAGAAAUAACCAUGAUAGAAAAUGUAAAUCUUAUUACUUAUGCUCAGUACUUAAAAGCGGAAGAAUAAUCCAAACUAAAUAUAGUUGUCCGGAAAAAUCUUACUUUAAUCCUUCAAAACAUAUUUGUGAUGUAAAUUACAAGUGCCCCUGUUUGACAGAAACUAGCACUACUACAAGUAGUACUACCACGAAAACAUCUGAUGAAGGAAACCAAACUGAAAUAUCUACAACAACAGAAAUAACCUCUAGAACAGCAACUACUGAAAAAACAACUGAUGAAGAAAAUACUUCUUCAACCAUUGAUCAACAAAGUACUACAUCAUUUAAUUCUUCAUCUGCUACUGAAGAAACUACUACCGAUAAAUAUCCCAUUUCAGAUUCAACAAGUAGUACUGCAAUAUCAACAGAAAAAUCUACAUCAACUACAGCUGAAAAUUGUAUUUACAACGAUAAUCCUGAAUAUUUUACCUGUAGCGUCAGUGGUCGUUUUAGAAAUAACCAUGAUAGAAAAUGUAAAUCUUAUUACUUAUGCUCAGUACUUAAAAGCGGAAGAAUAAUCCAAACUAAAUAUAGUUGUCCGGAAAAAUCUUACUUUAAUCCUUCAAAACAUAUUUGUGAUGUAAAUUACAAGUGCCCCUGUUUGACAGAAACUAGCACUACUGCAAGUAGUACUACCACGAAAACAUCUGAUGAAGGAAACCGAACUGAAAUAUCUACAACAGAAAUAACCUCUAGAACAGCAACUACUGAAAAAACAACUGAUGAAGAAAAUACUUCUUCAACCAUUGAUCAACAAAGUACUACAUCAACUAAACCUUCAUCUGCUACUGAAGAAACUACUACCGAUAAAUAUCCCAUUUCAGAUUCAACAAGCAGUACUGCAACAUCAACAGAAAAAACUACAUCAACUACAGCUGAAAAUUGUAUUUACAACGAUAAUCCUGAAUAUUUUACCUGUAGCGUCAGUGGUCGUUUUAGAAAUAACCAUGAUAGAAAAUGUAAAUCUUAUUACUUAUGCUCAGUACUUAAAAGCGGAAGAAUAAUCCAAACUAAAUAUAGUUGUCCGGAAAAAUCUUACUUUAAUCCUUCAAAACAUAUUUGUGAUGUAAAUUACAAGUGCCCCUGUUCAACAGUAACUAGCACUACUACAAGUAGUACUACCACGAAAACAUCUGAUGAAGGAAACCAAACUGAAAUAUCUACAACAACAGAAAUAACCUCUAGAACAGCUAGUACUGAAAAAACAACUAAUGAAGAAAAUGUUUCUUCAACAAUUGAUCAACACUCUACUACAUCAACUAAACCUUCAUCUGCUACUGAAGAAACUACUACCGAUAAAUAUCCCAUUUCAGAUUCAACAAGCAGUACUGCAACAUCAACAGAAAAAACUACAUCAACUACAGCUGAAAAUUGUAUUUACAACGAUAAUCCUGAAUAUUUUACCUGUAGCGUCAGUGGUCGUUUUAGAAAUAACCAUGAUAGAAAAUGUAAAUCUUAUUACUUAUGCUCAGUACUUAAAAGCGGAAGAAUAAUCCAAACUAAAUAUAGUUGUCCGGAAAAAUCUUACUUUAAUCCUUCAAAACAUAUUUGUGAUGUAAAUUACAAGUGCCCCUGUUCAACAGUAACUAGCACUACUACAAGUAGUACUACCACGAAAACAUCUGAUGAAGGAAACCAAACUGAAAUAUCUACAACAACAGAAAUAACCUCUAGAACAGCUAGUACUGAAAAAACAACUGAUGAAGAAAAUAUUUCUUCAACAAUUGAUCAACACCCUACUACAUCAACUAAACCUUCAUCUGCUACUGAAGAAACUACUACCGAUAAAUAUCCCAUUUCAGAUUCAACAAGCAGUACUGCAACAUCAAUAGAAAAAACUACAUCAACUACAGCUGAAAAUUGUAUUUACAACGAUAAUCCUGAAUAUUUUACCUGUAGCGUCAGUGGUCGUUUUAGAAAUAACCAUGAUAGAAAAUGUAAAUCUUAUUACUUAUGCUCAGUACUUAAAAGCGGAAGAAUAAUCCAAACUAAAUAUAGUUGUCCGGAAAAAUCUUACUUUAAUCCUUCAAAACAUAUUUGUGAUGUAAAUUACAAAUGCCCCUGUUCAACAGUAACUAGCCCUACUACAAGUAGUACUACUACGAAAACAUCUGAUGAAGGAAACCAAACUGAAAAGUCUACAACAGAAAUGAAUGAUGAAGAAACAACAACCAAGCGACAUACAACUGAAAGCGAUGGUUCCACUACGUCUUCAACUACAGAAACUCCUACAACUGCCCAAAUAUGUUCUUCGUAUAACAGCGAUCCGGAUUAUUUGACUUGCACUGUCAAAGGAAGAUUCCAAAAUCACAAUGACAUAAAUUGUACUUCGUAUUACUUAUGUAGUGAACUAAAAAAUGGUAGAUUCAUCAAAACUAAAUAUACCUGCCCUCCUAAAUCCUACUUUAAUCCUGCCAAGCAGAUUUGCGAUAUGGAUUAUAAAUGUGAAUGUUUUAUGUGAUUUAUAUUUGUUUAGAAAACAUUUUAUGUAGCUUUGUUGAAUCAUAAUAAUAAUGAUGCAUUUGUAAAAUGAUUUUUUUUAAAUAUAUUUUAGUUUAGUGUUUAGUGUUUAGUUUAGUUAUUAAAGAUUUAUUUUUCUUUUAA